UUGUAUCCGUAUACUGCCUCUGUAUAUAUUUGUCUCUCUCUUUUUUUCUUUUUCCUUUUGUCUUUUUACUUUGACGGUGAGAUGUGCAUGGACCCACGGGAGUGAUGGCCUCACAAUGGAACCCGGGACGGUCCGCAUGCCCCGUCCGCGACGAGACCACUUUCCACCAGACACAAGGCAGCCCACGUCGGGACAAGUCUGGGAGACUAGGACAAUGGUUCCUUGGUAUCUACUACGUAACAGAGCUCCCCCCUCGGCUGUGGUGCUAGCUUGCUUGCGAUAGGCCCCAGCAAAUGAACCCAGGUUGCCUGAACUGACAGCAGGAUGGAUGCCCGGCAUGCGGCGGCUUUGGAUCCACUUGAUUCCUGCCAUCUACUCUUUCGUGGCGGCCUCCUUGUCCCUGGCCUUGGCCGCCUUUUUUUCCUCUAUCAGCCUUUGCUUCUCGAGCUUCUUCUGCUGGUUCUUGGUCAGCUUCCCAUCCCCAGCACCCUCCCCACCGGCCCCGUCGAAGCCCGCCGCCGCCUUGGCCCGGAUGGGAAUCUCAAUUGGGGCCUUGGGAUUGCCCUUGCACUCGAGUGGCCUCAAGGCCAUGAAGGUAUCGCGGACCUCGUCCGUCACCUUUGCCCUGUUCUCCUGGAACUCCUUGACGUAGUCUUGCAGGUGCUUGAUGCACAGCGCCUUAAGCUCGCCCGUCAGCAUCUCGCCCUUCUUGUACGAGUCGUGCACCUUCUUCAGCUCCUCGUCGUCCUCCAUAAAGUACUUUAGGUACUGGUAGCUGACGUCAACCUCGGGCUGUCCGCCCUUCUCCCGGUGCUCCUCCACGGUCUCCCUGCCACCGCUGAAGGCGUACUUGUUGAUCUUGGUCUUGAUCUGGUUGGGCGUGUCCUUCAUGAAGAUGGCAGAAGAAUCGAUGGAUGCAGACAUCUUGGAGCCUGGGCCCUGCAAGGCGUCGAGGAACCGCGCGUGGAUCAUGCAAGGCUUGGCCCAGUGAAGGCGAGCCGCAACAUCCCUGGUCAUGCGGAAGUACGGGUCCUGGUCGAUGGCGCACGGGAUGAGGCACGGGAUCUUGUUGGUGAGCUCGGCGUUGUCGCCAAAGAUGUGAGGGAAGGUCGAGGCAAAUGCCGUCGAGCCCUGGACGGCGCCAAAGAAGGCCCUGCCGACAUUGGUGCUGCCAUCGCCACCGAAGAUGGCCUUGCUCUGGUUCCAGGUGAUGAGCUUGGCCACCUGGGUCACGUUCUCCCAGAAGGCGCCGCCCAUGUAUUUGUAGUCGGAGAAGAUGAAGGUCUUCUUUGGGUCGAAGCCGCAUGCAAUGAUGUCCUUGGCGUUCUGCAGGGCGUACUCCUUGACCUCCUUGAUUGUUCUCUUCUCGCUGAACAGGAACUUCUCGUCGUCCGUCAACAUGAUGACCAGCGGGACGUCGAACACAUCGGACAGCCACUUUGUGAAGGCAAAGGGGAUGGUAUGGCCAAUGUGCAUGCUGUCGGAACUUGGACCGCGGCCAGUGUACAGGUAAAAGGGCUCUCCCUUCUCGUAGCGGUCGAGGAUGACCUCGAGGUCUCGGUGGCUAAAGACGAUGCCUCGGCGCAUGAAGCGAUGUGGCUUCUGGCCCGUUGCCCGCUCGAAUCGGUCCAGCAGCGCCUGGUCGAUGAGCUUGGUCCCAAACUCCUCGGUCAACUUGUUGUAAUCGAUCGCCUUGACAUUUCCGUGCUCGUCGAUCUCCCCCUGCACAUUGUAGGGGUCCACCGACUGCUUGCCGGUGUGGGCUGGAACAGGAGACUCGGACAGAGCCUCGGCGUUGUUGACGCUCAUGCUGGGACGAGCGUGAUGAGGAUGGCCUCAGGACGUGGUAGUAGGGAGCUCUGUUGUGGGAUGUCGCAGGCCCACUGUUCCGGUUGAGGAGGCGGCCACCGCAGGAGAGGGUGCACAGGCGGAGGGUGCUCGUGGACAGGACCAAUGUCAGAGUGUCAAAAGGUUGGAGGGGUCAAUAUGGAAGGCAGUUUGGCGGGGCAACCUCCCCUCCGUCCCUGGUCAAAGCCAUUCAACUACGCUGGCAAUAAUGAGUCAACAACGCCCCAUUGAUCGCCAUGACUGCGACGCUGCUCCUCUGAUAAACUGCUUCUCUGAGGCAUGAUUAUGACUCUUUUCGCUCACAGGCAAAGCACCUCGGCAUUUUAUUGGCAAGAGAGGUUCGAUUGGGAGCAACUGGUUGACCAUCAUCAAUCAGCCCACGCCCGUGGGGUGGCGGGAUCAGUCAUGAUCAUUCCUCGGCGGCAGGCAAUACUUUUUUCGAUCUGCAAAGCUCUGGCUGGCUGGCGGUACCACCUGUCCAUCCUCGACAUAUCUACUGAUGUGAGACUAUGUUGGCAGCAUCAUGGGUAUCUCUGCGCUGUCUGAGGUCGCAAACGCCCUCGGUAUCGCGUCAAUUCCUGAGGAGGGCUAGUACAGACUCCCCAUAUGCCCUCCCAGCCGUCCUCCUCGAGCGCGCCCGCAAGCUCGCUGUCGAGCAUGGCCAGCUCAGCCAGCAGCUCGCCGACUCCUUCGACCCCAAGAUCGCCAAGCGUGCCGGCGAGAUAGCCGGUGUCGCCUCUGCCCUGAAAGAAUGGGAGGCGGCGCAGUCUUCUCUGUCCGAGCUGAGGGGCCUCCUUCAGUCCAAAGACGCCGAGAUACGUGAGAUGGCGCAUGAUGAACUCGGUACGACCCACGAGCAGCUGGGCAAGCUUGGGCACAAGCUCUCGGCGAGCCUCACUCCCAAGGACCCCUACGCGGACUUGCCCUGCAUCCUCGAGUUCCGGCCCGGCCCUGGCGGCGUUGAGGGGCGCUUCUUUACCGACUCUCUGUUCAAAAUGUACCAGCUCUACUGCCAGCGCAAGGGCUUCCGUGCCAAGGUUGUCAAGUACGACACGGCAGAAGGGGCCGGUGACGUCAAGGGCUCCGACGGAGAGCUGCCCCUCCAAGAGGCCGUCCUGGAGAUCCAGGACAUGGGCGCGUACGACCUGUUCCGCACCGAGGCGGGAAUCCACCGGGUUCAGCGUGUACCCGUCACGGAGAGCAAAGGCCGCACGCAUACGAGCGCGGUAGCCGUCUGGGUCCUACCAUCGUUCCCCGAGACUGGCGCCGGUGCCACGGACUAUAACAACCCGGAAAGCGAUUUCUACAUCGACCCGGGCGAGGUCCGAACCGAAACCAUGAGGGCGAGAGGGGCUGGCGGCCAGCACGUCAACAAGACCGAGUCGGCCAUCCGCCUGACUCAUACCCCAACCGGCAUCCAAGUGAGCAUGCAGGACCAGCGGUCGCAGCAGGCCAAUAGGGAUGCCGCGUGGAAGAUUCUACGGUCGAGGAUAGCCAUCGCAAGGCGCGAGGCCAGGGAGGAGGAGGCGAAGAGCUUGAGGGACAGCGUCCUUUCCAAGGACAAGAUCACGCGCGGCGACAAGAUCCGGACAUACAACUACAGCCAGGACCGCUGUUCGGACCACAGGAGUGGCUUAGAUGUCAACAACCUCCCAGACGUGCUUGAGGGCGGCAGGACCUUUGAUAGGAUCCUGGACAGCGUGAAGGAAUGGCGGCUGGCCAGGGACAUCGAGGCCGUCAUCGAGGAGGAGGAAGUUGCUCUCGCGUUGGCGGCCAAGAAACUGGCAAAAAGGAAAUAAAUAGGCUCGUUAAUAAUCCUGUAUUAUAUUGAUCCCAUACACAUAGAUGAUACCUCAGUCCUCGCGAGGGCCAGAAAUGCACAGCCUUACAAUGACCCGUCUCAUGGGCUAAUGUUUCAACCAG